ACAGAAUUGUACAAUUUUCGGAGACUGCUGCCACAUUGGCAAAAUUAUUGUGACGUCACCGCAUGCGGCUGCGGGUGAUAUAAAGGGUUUGCUUGGUCCACAGUGGAGCACUUACAGCAGACUCCUGAUCGCCUGGCCUCUCAACAUGAGCACCUGCCGUAACGCGUUGGCGGCGCUGGUGGCCGCGACCUGGCUGCUGGCGGGCGCCUACGAGCUGCAGACGAUCGAGCAGCUGGACACGAGCUCGCCGGAUGUGCAGCUGGCCAUCGUGAGGCUGCACAACGAGCUGCGCGCCAACGUGACGCCGCUCCCCACCAACAUGCUCAAGAUGGAAUGGAACUCGGUCGCUGGCAACAACAGCCUGGCCUGGGCCAAGAGGUGCACCCUCAACCACAGCCCCGUGGACAAUCGCAAGACUCCAGGGUUCCAGUGCGGGGAGAACAUCUUCCUGGCCACGGCGCCGCUCUCGUGGCAGGACGCCGUGCUCGACUGGUAUAACGAAGCCGAUGCGCCGGGCUUCAUCUUCGGCAAGGGUGCGGCUGCCCCCGGAGACAUCGGCCACUACACGCAGGUCGUGUGGUACAGCUCCUUCCAGCUGGGCUGUGGGGUCAGCUACUGCCCAGAGGCCAUCUACAAGUAUGUCUACGUGUGCCAUUACUGCCCCGCCGGUAACCUCAACACUCGCUUGAGCCGCCCCUACGACGAGGGAAGCCCAUGCGGAAGCUGCCCGAACGACUGCGAGAACGACCUCUGCACCAACGCGUGUCCCUACAGAAACCUGUACGCGAACUGCGACCCGAUGAAGAAGAUCUACGGCUGCGCUCCAACGGGAAACGGGAAAAUAAUCCGCUCCUACUGCCCGGCCUCGUGCUUCUGCACGGACAAAAUCUACUGACAGCCCUCGUCAUCGUCAUCGCAUUACCAUCAUAAUAGCUUCAAUCUAAUCAUCGUCAUCAUCAUCACCAUCGCAUUACCAUCAUCAUAGCUUCAAUCUAAUCAUCGUCAUCAUCAUCACCAUCGCAUUACCAUCAUCAUAGCUUCAAUCUAAUCAUCGUCAUCAUCGUCACCAUCACAUUACCGUGAUCAUAGCUUCAAUCUAAUCAUCGUCGUCAUCAUCGCAUUACCGUCAUCAUAGCUUCAAUCUCAUCAUAGCUUCUUUCUGACAACUUCAAUCUCAGGUCACUCUCAUCAUAGCCACAACAUCAGAGCUUCGACAUCAUCGCAACUACAGCCUGAAUCAUAGCAACUACAGCCUGAAUCAUAGCAACUAUAGCCUGAAUCAUAGCAACUACAGCCUGAAUCAUAGCUUCAACCCAAUUGUCGCCUGAAGUUUAAGUCGUGCCGGAACAGCCCGGAACACUUUUCCAGGAAUAAUUUUGGCAACCCCCAAUCCAUCUCACGUUAUAUUGUCCUCGUGAUACUGUGGCGGCGUGUGGGACUGUAGGGUACAAUAAUAUCGGAUUGUCAUGGGUAGGCGCGCUGUGUACUCUAAUGCAAGCGCUUCACGGCAAAAUUCUCUUCUCCGAGCCAGCCGAGCAGCGUUCCGGAGAAACUAGAAUGAUAAAUGAAGCUCUGGGUUUAAACUGAUCAGUGCUUCGACCUGCUCAUAGCUUUCAGACAAUAAUGUAGUAGCAGUAAUAAUAAUGUACAAAUAUAUUAUUGUGGCACCAAACCUCUAUGAACACGACCUGGCUAUUGCAGCACUCACGUUGACAACACUGGAUGUGCUCAGCAGUUGGUGGCACUUGGACGCAAUGGCGGGGGGGGGGGGGACAUCCCUCAAUAGCGCCGUGGUGCUUGGCAGGAAUAACCUACAACCCACAGUGACAAAGCCUUUAACUUCAACUCACUCUGCUCUGCUGGCUCCAGCCUCCAGCCCCACUCAGGCAUCCAUCUCGACAGGUGACAAGGGCGUGGAUUGGCUGUCCUGGAGGAACGUGAAUACCCACGAGACUGGUGGUGUUGUGGCUUCGCGAAGAGGGCAUGAUCGAUAGCUGUCCAAAACGUCAGAGACAAACACGAUGUGCCCCAUCUCACACUUGUUCAGAUACGGCAACACCCCAAUGCACGUUUCCCCUCUCAUCUUCACUCUCCCAUGCGCUCGCCACGGGCACAAAGUUAAACACACAUUUUUAUGACAUUUGGGAAAUGUAUUGUGCGGUUGCAUGCUGGUAUUGGUUACUUUAUCUGGGGAUUGUGUUAAGAACUGGGCGAGACAGUCCCAUGUUACCGAACAAAAAUCAAAUAAAAGUUCCUUCACA